GUCAAUUCCGAAAGAACACGUGCUAAAGAUAACUUCGAAACUUAUUGGAACGGAGUAAUUGAUGCAUGUAAAAUAAAACAAAACAUCUUGGCCUAUGAAAAAGAAAAAGAGCACAUUCAGCUUGAACAUUUGCGCAAACUUAAUGAAAUCGAUAAAAAAAUAGAAAUGGAGAAUAUCGAAUUAAUUAGAAAUUCAAAUAAAUGGAAGGAUGGGAAUUCGAGACUUCAAUAUCAAAAUGACGUGACUACUUACAUUCGGAGUGCAAAUCGACCUCAACUUCAAAGUAAUGUGAUGACAUUCGAUCCGUCAAGUAACGCAACUAUACUUAAUGAAUUAGAUCAAGAUGCUCUAUGCCAAUUUCACAUUAAAAUGGAUUAUCUAGAAUAUAAACUUUACUCAGUAUGUAACAAAAGUUUUCCAUCAAUAGUACUUGUUAAGGGAGAAUGUUGA